UACAGGCAUUACUGUUGUCAUAUUUUCGACAUGGCUGAUGACGGUGGUAACUGCGGGCAUCAUACCCCGCCUAGGUGACGACGAAGACUCCGUCUGCAGGACUUAUAGACUCAAUGAUGUACAAUACUUAGAUUGCUCCGAUCGAGGACUUACGGAGCUACCAGAGACAAUUAAUUACGAUGCACAAACAGUUCUGUUAUCAAACAACAACUUUGUAACCUUCCCUGAGGAACUAGAAAACUUUUCAAGCGUCGAAAUAUUAGACAUGUCUGGGAAUCGCUUGACGAAUCCAUUGCCGAGCUAUUUCCACAAAUGGCAGAAUCUUCGUACUCUAAACCUGUCCAAUAACAACUACGACAGGUGGCUGAGCAGCGAUAAUGAGUAUCAUAUUAAGAAACUAGAUUUAUCUAAGAACAAAAUAAGUGAUAUAGAUACGAAAGCGUUCGAAAAAAUGACGAAUUUAUCUUUUCUCGAUUUAUCCGAGAACAGAAUCGAUGACUUACCACCAACCGUCUUCUCCGAUGCUAAGAAUCUUGAUACUGUCAUCCUAUCAAGAAAUUAUUUCUCCGAACUACCAAAUUUUCAAUCACAAUCCUUAAGGACUUUGGAUUUAAGUUACUGUCAAAUCGCAAGAAUAGAUCCUGCAGCACUAACGGGAAUGAGUUCUUUAUUGGCCAUUGAUCUUUGCAUGAACCAAAUUGAAACGGUUCCCGACGGUAUAUCUUCGAACACUCUACAAGAAUUGGACUUAAGCUACAACGAAAUAAGUGAUAUAAACGACGACACUUUCUCGGCGCUGCCGCAUUUGGCAGUGUUAGACUUGAGAGGGAACGAGUUCAGAGAGGUUUGGUCGACCUCACAUUUCGCCUCGAAUCCUUUUUUGAGGGAAGUUCACGUGAAGGGAAACCGUUGGAGUUGCGAGGGAUUUAGCGUCAAUUUGUUACUGACGUACGACUAUUUGACAAAGGAACCGCCGAAGAUAGCGGAUACGGGGUCACUGAUUUGCUACUCACCUUCUAAUGUGACUCAGCUAAGUUGGCAACAAGCUUACAUAUUGACAUGGCAUCCGAGAGAAAUGUCAAAGCAGACGUAUACUUUUAUGGCAGUAUUGAUUGGUGUCAUAAUCGGUAUCGCUAUAACGUCUUGCGUAUGUAGAGGUUUGAUGUCUUUAAACAAGCCUAGUCCCCCAACAAGUCAUCCACGGUCCGCUACCGAGUCCACCACGGUGAGCGGCAAUGGUGUUACUCUGCAGCCGAGGGUCGAAAGCGUUGUCAUGAGAAUACCGCUACGCGAAGACAUGCCACCGACUUACGAGGAAGCCUUAUUAAUGCCUCGACUAAAUUCAUCAUUCCACUCUCUUCCUGACUUUAUUGAUGAUGACGAAGAGUCCUUCGAUCGUAAUUGUCGCAGGUCCCGUUCGAUUGGUGAUCUAACGGAGUCGAGGCCUAGGGCUAGUGAAAGACGAUCCAUACGGCGAACUGUUGAAAUACGUAUAAACUAAAAGUAAUGUUUAGACUUAAGUUUUAGAGCUUAAAUUUAUCGGAACUUCCCUUUACUUUAUUUUA